AUAGUGCACCUAAGAAGAUGUCCAGUACAGAUCCCCUAACAAAUACAGAUAAAAAGACUAUUAUGGGCCCUCAUGGAAUCAAUCGAGCUGUCCACCGCAUUUCUUUUUCUGAUUGUCAAAAUGGAUUAGGAGUUAAAAUUAUUGGAGGUUAUCGGGCACAAACAGCAGAAGAUUAUGGGAUUUUCAUAAAAAGAAUUCUACCCGGAGGGGUUGCUGCUGUAGAUAGCCGUUUGCUCACUGGUGACCUAAUUUUGGAUGUCAAUGGAGAAAACUUAAUUGGAGUAACCAAUGAAAGGGCUGUUGACAUCUUGCGAACAGCAUCAGCAUCUAAUCACGUGUCGCUACUAGUUGCCAGAGAUGAAGAAGCAAAGAAAGAAUUCCUUGACCUGAUGGAUAAGUAUGGCUCUCACAGUGACACCAACUCUGCAGGAAGUUCUCCAACACAACUAUUAGCUGCAAAAUCUAUAGACAGCCCUUCUUCUGGAUCAUCCUCAAGGUCACAGAGUCCUCAGUUGCAUCCAAAGGAUAAUAUCACCACCAUCAGUAGAAAUAAUUCUGUCCCAGCACCAUCCCCAAAGUUUGCAAAGGAUAGUGCAUUUCAGAUUAUCUCUGUUUGCAAAGGAACAAGCCUAGGUUUGAAUAUUGUAGGAGGGAUUAACAGAAAUGAAGGGCCUUUGGUAUAUAUUCAAGAAAUCAUCCCCGGUGGUGAUUGUCAUAAGGAUGGACGACUGAAGCCUGGAGAUCAACUUGUAUCCAUAAACAAAGAGUCAAUGAUUGGUGUCUCCUAUGAAGAGGCAAAAAGUAUAAUCAACAGAACAAAGAUGAGGUUUGAAAGUUUUUGGGAGAUAGCUUUUAUUAGACAAAAAAAUAUUCCUGGUUAUUCAGAGAAUCUGCAACGUCCUUUCAGUCUCUUAACGCCUUCUGUAGCAUGUGGAGAGCAACAGGCUGCAGGACUUAGUCCUCUUGCAUCUCCUAAUGGGAAGCUUGUUUCAAUGUUCACUCCAAAUGCUAUGGAAACUGGAGUCAAGAUGGAAGAGCAAUCUCCAAUUACUUCUCUAGACAGCAGUCCUACUGAUGUGUCUGCCACUGUUAUUGCCCCCAGCCAGAAUGAUGAUUAUGAGCUGCAGGAAAGGAACUCUACUAUUCGUCUCAAAGCAGAGAAGCUGGAGAGGGCAUUGAAUUAUCUUGGGAUUCAGCCCACAGAUGAACAGCAGCAGCAACUAAGGCAGCAACUUCAGAAAGAUUCUAAAGGAACAGUGUCUUUUGGAGAUUUCGUUGAAGUUUCCAGGAACCUGUUCUCUGUGCAAUUGAAUGCAACGGAUGAUGGCCAAAAAUCUGUAACAUUUGGGGUCAAUGAAAUUGCCAGCUUACUGGAUUCACAGUUUGUAACCCGUGAUUCUUUGGAGGAUGACAUGGAAAGACUUAAGAAAGAAAGAAAUGAAGCUUUAAAAGAAAUGAGUAAAUUAAAGGAAAAAUUGUCUGAAUCUGUGAAUUUACAGAAAAUGUUAACAGAGGAGCUACAAAUAGUCAAGCAAGAAGCCAAGGCAGCUGUAGAAGAGACAAGAGCUCUGCGAAGUAGGAUUCAUCUUGCAGAAGCUGCACAAAAGCAGGCUCGUGGAAUGGAAAUGGACUAUGAAGAAGUAAUUCGCCUAUUAGAAGCUGAAAUUGUAGAGCUGAAGGCUCAGCUCACUGAUCAUUCUGGCCAAAAUAAAGAUAACAUCCAAGACUUGAGAAAGAGAGUUACAGUGCUUGACUGCCAGCUGCGGAAAUCAGAAUCAGCUAGGAAGACCUUUGAGGUGGCUACUGAAAAAUUGCUACAAUUUGUAGAGGUCGUGCAUGAAGUACUUUCAGAUAACUCUACUUCCUCGACAGUUUUAAGUGACAGAAGAACAACAUUGUCUACUAAAGCACUUCUUGCACGGUUGGGAAGGAUUGGACCUACUGUCACAACAGCUCUUGCAGCAGAAGCCAGAGACCUUGCCAAGUCUGUCCGUGCCAUUUUGGAAGUAGAUUGUCUGCCUUACGGAUGGGAAGAAGCUUAUACAGCAGAUGGAAUCAAAUACUUUAUCAACCAUGUGACACAGACAACGUCAUGGAUCCAUCCCGUAACAAGCGCACUAAGCUUGCUUUGCUCUGAGGACGAUGACGAUGGAAUAAGAGAGCUUCCCGGGUCCAAGAGCUGAGGACGUCUGUUAACAGAAAGUAGUUUGUCUAGUUUCAGUACAUUAGUGAUGCACACUUCUUAAUCUGCGUGUUUUCUAGUCUAAUGUAAUAGUACCCGAUGACGUUUUU